AUGUAUCCCACACGGCGGCUAGCGAUGCCAAUCAUCAAACGGUCAUCAUACUAUAACCCGGAUUACCGACAAGGACAAUCGCUCAUCCGCGCCCGAAGCCCUUAUCUGGUUAAAAAUACUCUUACUGGGUUGGCGUUGAUGGGGUUUGUUGUUAGUAUUUAUGUAUACACGAUAAAGGCCAUCAAGUCCGAUGAUUUCGCCGAAGCAGCGUUGCCGCCGAAGAAGGAGGAUAUUUUGAGGGAUACCAAGGGGUCCGGGAAUGCAGGUCUUAGGCCGUAA